AUUGUUAUUCAGUUGCUGGCUUACUCGCUGGUUGAAAUUACAUGCCUUUUGAUUGUUGUUGAUGUGUUGUAAACUUUUAACUUUUUAAAUUCAUCAAGCGAAAUUUGACAGUUUCCUUUAAUAAUGGCUUCAGUGGUCGAUAAAAUCACGGCGAUUGAGGCUGAGAUGGCCAGAACUCAGCGUAAUAAAGCAACCAUGGGUCAUUUGGGAUUAUUAAAAGCUCGUCUUGCUAAAUUAAAAAGAGAAUUGAUGACUCCAAAAGGUGGCGGAGGAGGUCCAGGGGAAGGUUUCGAUGUUGCUAAAACUGGUGACGCUAGAAUAGGAUUUGUUGGAUUUCCUUCUGUUGGCAAAUCAACGCUUAUGAAUACCUUAGCUGGUGUCUUUUCUGAAGUUGCAGCUUAUGAGUUUACAACAUUGACUACGGUGCCUGGUGUCAUUAAGUAUAAAGGGGCAAAGAUGCAACUUUUGGAUCUCCCCGGAAUUAUUGAAGGUGCAAAAGAUGGUAAAGGUAGAGGAAGACAAGUAAUAGCUGUGGCACGUACUUGCAGUUUAAUCUUUAUCGUAUUGGAUGUCUUGAAACCAUUACUUCACAAAAAACUUAUUGAACAUGAAUUAGAAGGUUUUGGUAUCAGGCUAAAUAAAGAGCUGCCUCAAAUGGUUUUAAGAAAAAAAGACAAAGGUGGAAUUAAUCUUCAAACCAUGGUAAAACUAUACUUUUUCAUUUUUAUUUCUUAUCCUGGAAAGCAUGGGAAAGAAUUGGACAUAAUUUAUCAAAUACCCCAUACAGUUCCAUUAUCAGCUCAUCAUAAAUGGAAUUUUGAUGACCUAUUGGAGAAAACUUGGGAAUACCUAAAGCUAAUUAGAAUAUACACUAAACCUAAAGGACAGUUACCUGAUUAUGAAUCGCCUGUCAUUCUAACACAUGAUAGAUGUACUGUUGAAGCCUUCUGUAAUAAGCUUCAUCGCACAAUUAUGAAAGAAUUUAAAUAUGCUUUAGUUUGGGGUUCAUCUGUAAAGUAUAAUCCUCAGAAAGUUGGAAAAGAUCAUGUUUUAAAUGAUGAAGAUGUAGUUCAAGUUGUUAAAAGAGUUUGAAAGAAAUCCUGGCCAAGGAAGAAAUGUUGUAAUAAAGUGAAAUUUAUAUUCA